CUCGGCCGGGGAGCAGCGCGCCGCCCGCAUCAGCCCGGAGCGACGUGUCGGGGCAUCCGCUAGCCAGGGCGGCCCGUGCCCAGCGCUGCCCCCCACGCCCCUCCCCCCGCACCAGCCUGGGUAUUUGCUGCUCCCCGUCAGAGGCGGCCCCUCCCGUCUGUACUGCAGCAGGGCCGCCCCCGGGAGCAGUUUUCUAGGGUAAGGGCCGAGCCGGGCAGCUGCACAUGCCACGUCUUUGUACCCACGAUUUCCGGAUUUCCGGGCACCUGCAGCCUCUUCUGUACCGACACUUGAUUCAGCCCAUCGGUCUCCAGGCAGUUUGCCAGCUUGGCUCUCAGGGCAUGGUUACGCUACAAAAUUAGGGCAUUGCCAGCCAGGCAGCAGAAUGGAGACCAAGUGCUGCAGCCCGUCUUUAUGGUGCUCCAAGUCAGCCUUGUACACAUUCCUGCUAGGAGGAGCAUUUGUUACCUUGGGUUCAAGUCGUAUUCUCCUGAUGAAAUAUUCUGCCAACGAAGAUAACAAAUACGAUUACCUUCCUGCAACUGUGAAUGUGUGCUCUGAGCUAGUUAAACUGGUGCUAUGUAUGACAGUGGCACUCUGGAUAACAACAAAAGAGGGACGUUCAUAUAGUGACUUUGGAUGCACCUCAUGGAAGGCGUUUUGUAACUACAUGAAGUGGUCAAUUCCAGCCUUUCUGUACUUUUUGGAUAACCUGAUUGUUUUCUAUGUAUUGUCCUACCUCCAACCAGCCAUGGCUGUAUUAUUCUCAAAUUUUAUCAUUAUAACAACAGCGCUCCUAUUCAGGAUAGUUCUAAAACGGCAGCUCUCCUGGGUGCAGUGGGCAUCUCUACUGAUUUUGUUCCUGUCCAUCAUAGCUCUGACUGCAGGGACCGGAAGCAAUCAGCACAGCUUGGCCACACAUGGGUUUCAUCAUGACAUGUUUUUCAGCUCAUCUAAUCGCUGCCUUCAGUACACCAGGCCGGAGGAAGAGUGCUGGGGAGGAGACAACUGUACGGAAACAGGGUUCUUUCCCAGCUUCAAGUGGAAUGUCACUGCUACCACUGCAGGAGCAUUGAAGCCUCUCCGCCUCGGUUUGGGCCAUCUGCUGAUAAUAGUGCAGUGUUUCAUCUCCGCUUUGGCCAACAUCUAUAAUGAAAAGAUCCUGAAGGAAGGGGACCAGCUCAAUGAAAGUAUAUUUGUGCAGAAUAGCAAGCUAUAUGUCUUCGGGGUGCUGUUCAAUGGGCUGAUGCUGGGCCUGCGCUCUGAGAACCGUUGGCAGAUAGAGUACUGCGGCUUCUUUUAUGGCCACAAUGUGUUCUCUGUAGCUCUCAUUUUUGUCACUGCCUUCCUGGGGCUGUCCGUGGCCUUCAUUCUGAAGUUCCGCGACAACAUGUUCCACGUCCUGACUGCGCAGAUCACCACUGUGAUCAUCACCAUUGUGUCCAUUGUCAUCUUUGACUUCAAGCCUUCUCUGGACUUCUUCUUGGAAGCACCUGUGGUGCUUCUUUCCAUAUUUAUCUACAAUGCCAGCAAACAUCAAGGCCUGGAAUAUGCCACUCAGCAGGAGAGGAACAAAUUCCUCAGUGAGAUCUGGGAGCGAUCCAGCGGGGAUGGAGAGGAACUUGAGAGACUGACCAAAGCAAACAGUGACAUUGAUACAGAUGAAGAUGCCUUCUAGCAUGAGCUUGUGCAACUGAAUGCUGGGUAUUCUCCAAGAGAACAGUGUUGGUAUCUUUUUAAACUAUGGGAUAGUCUUUUUUCUAAGUGCAACAGUUAAAACUGUUUGGAUGGUUUUGUGAUUCCAGAGGAUUUGUAUUGUGUUUUUAAGUUGUGCAAAUAAAACACAGCUCCGAGAUCAGAAUACGGUGUGUCCAGGUUUGGGGCUGAGAUACCCGUUCAGAAAAAAUGAGUAAAGCCCAUUGGAUUUCAGCAGUUGACAAGGAAAACCUAGAGAAUUAUCAGUUUGAGCCUUAUAUAUUAAGGGUUUUUUUUUCUCUUCUUACACUAGUGUAAAUCAGAAGUUAAUUCCAGUGCAGUCAAUGAUAAACUGAUAAUAAAAGUGAUAUGAGAGAAAGGUUCGGCCCUAGCUUAAUGAUCUGGGUCACAUGGGAGCUGAAUUAUGUAUAGUAAUCCAGAACACUCGGUGUUCUCAAUUGUACGUGUUUGUCUAUCAUAUACUAGGGUUGUAUGGGGAUAAUAUUUCUCACUGGUGACGGGCCUGAUCCUGUAAACCUCACAUCCGUGAUCCUGACUCAGUUGAGAAUAGUCCCAUUGAAUGGGCCCCUAACAUUUGUAAAGCGCUAUAAAGAUAUGAAGUGUUAUAUAAGUGCUAAGUAUUCUUAUUUCCAGGGCUACAUGUUCAUUGGUAUUGUGCACCCUUCUGCAGUUUGAUUGAGGGAUGAUUCCACAGCUGCAGAAUGAGUUUCCUCAUUUCUGCAGUGAUUUGCAGGCGCUGCUGCUCCUAUGUGUCCUGUGGAACAUUACACCCAAUUAUAAGUAUGUUCUGUUUGUUUGAUAACGUGAUUAGUGUUGCACAGUGGCAGAGAAGCUUUCCUGAUAUUCAGAAUACAAGCUUUUAAAUAAACAGAGGGUUCAUAUUACUUCCUGUAAAGGUCCGGUAAGGGGCUCGUCCUUCUCAGGCGCGGCGGGGAGCCAGGGUGCCUCCCUACAGGCAGCAGUCCGGCUCAGACCCUUCCGCAAGGGCUGAACAAACCAAUAGUCUCUACACAAGGCAGAGUCCCGGCCCUUUAGCAGGGCCCGAGUAAACCCAGUGUCUAUAAGCCCGGCCCUGGAGCAGGGCGGGGCAACAGCAGUUCAGGCUCAGGCCUUUCAGCAGCGAUCUAAACAGUAGCAGUCUAGAUAGCCCAAGCCCUGGCUCAGGGCGGGGCAACAAACACAGGUAAGGCUCAGAUCCUUAGGCAGGGGCUGAGCAGCAAACUAAACAAUAGCAAAGGCCUCCUCAGGCCAGGGGGAG